GCUCCUUUUCCAUGCUCAACAUGGUCGUCUUUUUCUUCUUUGGUUGCUUUGGACUUUUCUCAUGACGUUCAUAUUUGGUUUUAAGAGUCAUGUCGCAUGAUGAUUCGUCACUAGAUAUGGGGGCCGAGAAGGCUGGAGCCGUAGAGAAAAGUAGGGCAGCGUCUAUUUCCACAGGAGCUUUAGCAGGCCCACCUGAAGCAGUUACUGCAGAUGUCAAAGAGAAAGAAGAAGCAUCCGAGUCUGGUCCAAUUUCUCCAGCGUUAUCGUCAACCCACGAGACCGAAGAAAUCGUACAAGCAGACCUGGAGGCUUUGUCUCCCAUUCAGUCAAAUAUACCACACUACUCUGCCUUUAGCAGAAGGAAGAAGCAAUUCACCGUCUUUCUAGCAGCAUGGGGCGGCUUCUUUUCACCUCUUUCAGCAAACAUAUACUUCCCGGCGUUGACGACUUUAAGCCAAGAGUACGAGGUAUCAAGUACGUUGAUGAACCUGACUCUCACAUCCUACAUGAUUUUCCAAGGGUUGGCGCCUACAAUCUUCGGUGACCUCGCUGAUAUGGCUGGGAGAAGGCCUGCAUAUAUCAUUGGGUUCAUUGUCUACAUCGGCGCAAAUAUCGGACUUGCUUCGCAAAGCUCAUAUGCAGCCCUAUUCGUUCUUCGAUGUCUUCAAAGCUCAGGCAGUAGUGCAACGAUUGCUCUUGGUAAUGGUGUUGUAGCUGAUAUUGCAACUAGUUCUGAGCGCGGCACUUGGAUGGGUUAUGCCACGAGUGGCCCAAUGAUUGCUCCUGCAAUAGCGCCAGUGAUAGGUGGGCUACUUGCAGAAUUCCUUGGUUGGCGAUCCAUCUUCUGGUUUCUCGUCAUUAUGGCCGCAGUUUACCUAAUACCCUUUUUCAUCGCCUUUCCUGAAACGGCUCGUGGAGUCGUCGGCAACGGGAGCAUAUCCCCACAGGGCUGGAACAUGUCUGUCCUCGACUACCUUGAGCUCCGAAAGACGCGAAAUUCUGAAACCGGGCUAACGCUGGCAAGAUCUCGUGGAGAACGGCGAGCCGCAGGGGCAGAAUUGGCAGAGAAACAAAAGUUACGAUUUCCAAAUCCCCUCGGCACCCUUCGUGUCAUCAAGGAGAAAGAUGCCGGUUUACUUUUGUUUUAUAACAGCUUGGUGUAUACCGCCUUCUACGACGUCGUCGCCUCCUCACCUUACCUUUUUGAACAAAUAUACGGCUUUAGUGACCUGCAAAUAGGUCUCUCAUUUAUCCCCUUCGGAAUUGGCGCUCUCUUUGCUCCAAUGGCAGCAGGUCGUCUUAUGGACUGGAAUUACAGACGGGUAGCCAAAAAAGAGAAUUUCACAAUUGAUCAUAAACGCGGCGACAACCUCAAAGGCUUCCCUCUCGAACGUGCUCGCCUCUCCGUCGCCGUUCCAUUCAUUGCAAUAGGGAACUGCGCAUUACUCUGCUACGGCUGGAUAUUGGAGGGAGAGACACCUCUCGCUGCUCCUCUAGUGAUGCAUUUCCUGAUAGGUCUCUUCCUCACUGGUGCUUUCAAUUGCAUGAGCGUCAUGCUCAUCGAUUAUUAUCCGUUGAGCCCGUCCACUGCAACUGCAGCCAAUAACCUUGUUCGAUGUCUUGUCGGCGCCGGAGGGACAGGGACAAUCAACAUCAUGAUCGGUAGCAUGGGAAGAGGAUGGUGCUUCACAUUCAUUGCUGUGGUUUUGUUUCUUACGAGUCCCAUUUUCUGGGUGUUGCUCAAGUGGGGACCCAUGUGGAGAGAAGCUAGAAGAGUAAAGAUGGAGAUGAAGGGGAAAAGAGCUGGAUAAUCUCGGUUAGGCUUUCUACAUACUGGAGCAUACCGAUGAACGUAGUCAGGUUAACGGGGAACUCCAAAGCCUGGGGCCGUGUUUAAUGGGAAGGACAAAAGGAUGCUUUUCUACCCCUGUUUUAGAACUCUACUUGGCAUAUCCCCUCUCCAGUAUUUCUCCCUUUGACACUUAU